AUGGAUGUGAUUUGUGAAUUCUGCGGAGCAAUUCAUUUCAAAGGCGAAUUGGGAAGUGGCAAGAAAUUUAAUCUUUGUUGUUCCAAAGGAAAGGUGAUUCUCCCUCCUCCUCAGGAAUGCCCAGAAUUGCUGCAACUGUUAUUUACCCACUGCCAUCCUCAAUCUGCGAAUUUCAUCAAAGAUGCCCGACAGAACAACAAUGCUCUCGCAUUUGCAUCACUUGGAGCAUCCAUUGAUGUUCUACGUGGAAGAAGACCAUAUUGUUUCAAGAUUCAUGGGCAACUGUACCACAAUACAACUGCCGUUCAAUACUAUGAUGAAGAAAUAUCCGUUCCUCCCGCUCUCAAGUACGCGCAACUUUACUUCCUGGAUUCUAAUCAAGCGAACAAACAACGAUUAAAUAAUCCAGCAAACAGAAGCUGUGAUAGCGCUCUCAUGGAACAGCUAGAUGCUCUCAUUCGUCGUGUUAAUCCAUAUGCUGUCAUGUACAAAAACAUGCGUCAAGUGGCUAUGGAAGAGGACCGUCAAGCAGCAGUUGAAGGUAGGGCUCCGUUAGUGGUUUCGAUGGUUAUUCAUAACGAUCGAAGAACACAGGAUGAAAGAAGAUACAAUAGCCCCGCAGGAGAAGAAAUUGCGGUUAUGUUAAAAAGCAUUGGUGGUGCACCUCCUGAAAACAGGGAUAUCCGAGGGCAUCUAUUGAUUCCACGGAGAGGAAAAGUUUUCAUUAGGAUUGAUACUCAAAAACCCAUGUGCGAUCCCAUGACGUACCCAUUGCUUUUUCCGAAUGGUGACAGUGGAUGGGAUCAAAAUUUAAAACGAAGAUAUCUAAACGAAGACCAAGAUAAUGUUUCCCAUGAUCAUAAUGAAGAGCAAGAAUUAUUGGAUGGAGAAUCUAGAAUCGCAGACUUAAAUGAUGAAGAAGUCCAGAUUCGAUCUGAAAUUGUACCGGAACCAGAUUUUGAAACAGAAGUCGACUUUGAUCCUGAUGUUCCAGUACCAAUCUAUGACGUCAACCGAAGAGGACCGCGUUCCAGAAUAACUCAGUGCGAGUUUUAUAGUAGUCAACUUUCGAUACGUAGUCCAAGAGCGAUGAAACAAGGAUACCAAGAUGCAAUGGCUAUUUGCAGUAGAUUUGGAAAGCCGACUUAUUUCCUCACAUUUACCUGUAAUCCAAAAUGGCAAGAGAUUACGGAGAGAAUCGAGAGCUAUCAAGUAGUAGCCAACAGACCUGACGUUGUCGCAAGAGUCUAUCAACUGAAAUUAAAAGAACUCAUCAAAGAUAUUCAAGAAAAACAAAUUUUAGGGGUUGUUGUUGCAAGAAUUCACGUAAUUGAAUUUCAAAAGCGAGGCCUACCCCAUUGCCAUAUGUUGAUAUGGAUUGAUCAACAUGACGUUCCUACAACUGAAUUUGAAAUCGACAAGACAAUUUCAGCUGAAAUUCCGGAUCCAGAAACACACCCAGAACUUCACAAAAUAAUCAUGAGCAACAUGAUUCAUGGUCCGUGCGGUACCAUUAAUCCAAACUCACCCUGCAUGGACGGUAGUAAAUGCACGAAAUCGUUUCCAAAAUCUUUUUCACCAUCUACAGUCAUUAAUUCCAAUGGAUAUCCAACCUACAGAAGACGAGACACCGGUAUUUCGUAUCCUCUAAACGACAAGCCCAACUUUCGUCGAGUUGAUAACAGCUGGGUUGUUCCUUUUAAUGCUUAUCUCUCUCUGAAAUACAAUUCUCACAUCAAUUUAGAGUUUUGCGCCUCUGUUACAAGCGUCAAGUAUAUAUUUAAAUAUAUAUACAAAGGACAUGAUUGCGCAAAUGUUCAAAUUAGCAGAGCUGAAAAUCAACAAGGUCAACAGGAAAUAGUGUGGGAUGAAACCAAGCAGUUUUUGGAAGCAAGAUACGUGAGUGCUCCAGAAGCAUGUUGGCGAAUUUUGAAGUACCCACUUUGUUUCCGAUCUCACGCCGUAAGUCGAUUGGCUGUUCAUCUUCCUCAAGAACAACCUGUUUACUUCCAACCAGGAUUUGAAGAUCGAUCAAUGUUAAAUGCAGCUACAAAAAUAACUACUUUGACAGCUUGGUUUAAAUUAAACCAGGAUCACGAAUCGGCAAGACAGUACUACUAUCGCGAAAUUCCGAAUCAUUUCUGCUUCGAUAAAAACCAACGUAGAUGGAAGCCAAGAAAGAAGAGAAUAAAUGUUAUCGGCAGAAUUUUUUCUGUUGGGGUUAAACAAGUAGAAAGACACAGUCUUCGCUUGCUUUUGCUCGAGGUAAAAGGAGUAACAAGUUUUGAAUAUCUUCGAACAGUCGACAACAUUUUGUAUCCCACAUUCAAGGAAGCGGCCAUAGCAAGAAAUCUUCUCGCUGAUGACAGUGCUUGGGAAAAAGUUAUGGAAGAAGCAGCUGCCUUUGAAAUGCCAAUUCAGUUAAGACAACUUUUCGUCGACAUAUGUUGCCACUGUCGUCCGACGAACGCGCAACUUCUUUUUAAAAACAACCUCCAACAUCUCACUGUUAACUAUACAAGAAACGGGCAUGGAGAAGAAGUGGCCAAAAAUCUAGCGUUAAAAUGGAUUCAAGAUAAGAAAGGUGAAGGAAAAAAGGUUAUUGCUGUCGCUCCAACUGGAAUCGCUUCAACAUUGUUAAUCGAUGGAGCCACAUAUCACUCUCAAUUUAAAAUUUAUCCUCCCAUCACAGAAACAACAAGAUCAAAAAUAGAAGAACACCACUUCUUGGCGAAAUUGAUAAGGGAUGCCGCACUCAUAAUCGAGGACGAAGCUACUGUGAUGACCAACCACGCUCUCAAUGCGAUUAAGCACGUCACUGAAAAAAUGACUAAGAAUAACAAGCCUUUUGGAAAUAAAGUCCUUCUUCUCGGGGAAGACUUUAGACAAUGUUUGCCAGUAGUCAAACAUGGAAAUCGAGUUAAGGUAGUCGAAGCUACCAUUAAAAACUGCGAGAGUUGGUCCACCUUUCGUCACAUUCGAUUAACAGAAAACAUGCGCACCACGGCGGGAAGCCAAGAGUACGCAAAUUGGCUGAUUGAACUGGGAAAUGGGACGUUACCAACAACAGGAAAUUUGAGUUCAAAUGUCGUUGAAAUCCCUCCUUACUUCCUGAUUACCGAAGAAAAUGCUGAGUCUUUCACCGGAGAUGACCAAGAUCCAAGAAUCAGUGCUUUAAUUCAUCACGUGUUCGGGGAUCCGAAGCAUCUAUUAGAUCAAGAUUUCUCUGAAGAAGUUAAUUCCCGUGCGAUUUUAUGUCCCAAGAAUGAUGAAUGUUUGAAGAUAAACAAUGCAAUAAUCAAAAACAUGCCUGGUGAGGAGUUUGUUUAUAAGAGCAUAGACACAAUCACAGGCGAUGAAGAAGAAGUUGCUAAUUUUCCAACAGAGUUCCUCAACACGCUGAAAAUUUCUGGAAUUCCACCUCAUACAUUCAGAUCUGCCGUUCACCCUAAACAGACUCUGUCCGGAGGUGGUGUAGACAUGGUGAACCAGCUGCGUUCCUACUACGAGAGAGACGGUAAAGCCAAAAAAUUGUGGCAUCGUCUCUUAUACUCUCUUGGAGACUUGUCUGGUCCGCUGGAUAUACUUCAACGAUAUGGUCGAGGAUAA